GGCGCGUAACCUGCCGCCGAGGGAGGAGGCAGAGCGGCUCCGGGUCACCGGCCGCCAACGGACAGGCUGCUGCUGGGCUCAGAGACGGCUGCCCGGGAGAGCUGCCUCCGGUGGCUGCAGAGCCCCACCACCCCGCCGCUGCCCCCGCGAGGGACGAUGGUGCCGCGGGCCUGGCGCAGCGCGGGGGCUCGUCUGUUCCUGCUGGUGGUGCUGAUGCAUCUGCCUCAAGGUCGCGGCCACCGAGCCACGGGACCCCGGUUUUUAAUAAGCGACCGUGACAGAGACCCUCAGUGUAACCUGCAUUGCUCCAGGUCCCAGUCCAAACCCCUCUGUGCCUCUGACGGCAGAACAUAUGAGUCAAUGUGCGACUAUCAGAGAGCCAAAUGCCGGGAGUCAAGUCUGAGUGUGACGCAUCGUGGCCGGUGCAAAGAUGCUGGCCAAAGCAAGUGUCGAUUAGAGAGAGCUCAAGCACUGGAACAGGCAAAGAAGCCCCAGGAAGCAGUCUUCAUCCCAGAAUGUAAUGAGGAUGGAUCAUUCACGCAG